CCUUCGCGUCAGCUGUGCCUGGGAAAGCUGGUGAAGCUCCUUCGAGCGGAGGGUAUCCACACUCCUUCGCGUCAGCUGUGCCUGGGAAAGCUGGUGAUACCAUUUGGCCAGUAUGAAAACGCAUCUUUUCACUGGCUUGUGGAAAACGAUGUGGGCUACUUGAAGUACAACCGCAGGCAAGCACCUCCAAGUGUGAUCCUUCAUCAUGGCCAGGGGACGACAGUGAACUGUUAGCUGCAAGCCAGGCUGUUGAAGACACAAUCAAACAGUUCGAGCCCCCUGUCCGGCCCAAGCAGCCCGAGCCCCUGUCCGGCCCAAGAAGCCCGAGCCCCCUGUCCGGCCCAAGCAGCCCGAGCCCGCUGUCCGGCCCAAGAAGCCCGAGCCCGCUGUCCGGCCCAAGCAGCCCGAGCCCGCUGUCCGGCCCAAGAAGCCCGAGCCCGCUGUCCGGCCCAAGCAGCCCGAGCCGCCUGUCCGGCCCAAGAAGCUUGAACCCGCUGUCCGGCCCAAGAAGCCCGAGCCCGCUGUCCGGCCCAAACAGCCCGAGCCCCCUGUCCGGCCCAAACAGCCCGAGCCCCCUGGCCAACUCACAGAGUCCCCGUCCACAGCACAGGAUCAUGAGGGUCAGCCUUUUCCCACGGAAUCACCUCUGAGUGACUCCCCUGUGGAGCUAGAGGGUUGGGUGCGUCUGUGGGAAAACCCCAAUGGCAUCCCAUCUGCAGACAUUUCCUGGCUCAAAGACCACAAUGAAAGAGGGCUGUUCACACCCGUUCAAAUCUAUAAGGACAAAAGUGGUCUGUUCAGGAGGCGACGGGUGAUGAAAUCGGACCGCAUGUGGUUUUACCCAGAAGAACCUCCCGGCUACGUCAGGGGUGCCCCGCCAACUCCACAACAGUUUUUUCGGAGUCGUGUUUUUGUGUGGCGUCCUGUUGGAGUGUGGAGGUACUCCCUGAAGUGUCCUCGAGGGGAUCAGUGUCUGGGUAGAGGACGGAACGUGCACCUCUACAAGUCUGGCUAUCACCACCGGGUACGUCACAUCUGUGACGUGUCCACCUGGUACACCAUGCUCACUGAGGUCCUGUGCUGUGGACCAUGUACAAAAGCGGCCAGAAGCGGAGAAGGUGGCACAAUGGGUCGGUGGCUUGCGUGGGAUGCCGCUAUUUUGUCCCAGCUUAGCGAGGCUCACCAAGCUAUGUUCCCUGCCAUCCUCACCAGCAAGCGUGGCGUGGAUAGGACUGUUGUGCGCCUUCUGAGGGACCGGACGGAAGGGAACACCAUGGUCAAGGUGUGGCGGCAGAUACAGGAGAACCACGUUGAAGAGUACCUUCAGCGUAAGGACCUGUACACCACACUCCUCAUGACUGUCGUGAAACCUGGAGGGAUCGUUUCUGCACUAAGGCACACUUUCCAGGCUCCACCUCCUCCAAGAGAGCUCCCCUCCGCGCGGCUCCUGCGCCACGCCUUCCUGCUGGCGGAGGCCAACAACGUGCAGGAUUACCGGAGCCAGAUCCUCUCCACUUUUGGCACUGUGCUGAAAAUGGAUUCCACCAAGAAAGUGGUGAAGAAGCUGUCUGGGGAGGGUGGAGGCUCAGCUGAGUGGUUCACCAGCAUCGGAAACGAGCACUCCCAGAUAGUUUCAUUUGUGCUGACCUGUGAGGAGUCCACAGAGAAGCUGAAACCGAUGUGCCUUGGGGUCAUGGAGAGGUUCCGGCUGGCCAAUCAACCAGUCCCAAAAAUUAUAUACGUGGACCGUGGGUGUUGCCGUGCGCAGGGCCCAACAGCGCUGGGGAUUUUGUUCCAGCCUUGGGUGGACAACGGGAUGGUUGUGCGUCUGGACAUCUUUCACUGGAUCCACCGGUUUGAUGCAGCCAUACGCACAGAGUCCCACUCGAAGUAUGCUGCAUUCAAGUCUGCGCUAGCUGGGGGAGUGCUGGCCUAUAACCGCUCAGACCUGGAGCUGCUCAUCAAGGCCAUGAGAGCCAAGGACCCGGCAACGCUGAUGACUGUGUCAGAUGAGGAUAUUGUCCGCCUCUACAUUACCAGGGGAGCACCUCAAACACCACAGGCCAUUGAUGAGAUGUGGGCAGGCCAGCAGCGACACCUGGAGUGCAUCCAGGAUCCACCAGACAUGAACAUGUAUAGGGUGGCGCGUACCACAACCAUUAACAAUGUGGACCUACCCUACUACAAAUGUCUGCGUGGAAGCAACAGCCUGGAAGGAUUCCACAAAGCUCUGCCGAACAUGAUUCCAGGUCCCCACUGUGCAGCACGGCCCUAUCAGGUUUACCUGAUCAGUGGCAUUGCACGGUGGAACUCUGACAGGAGCGGGGAUGCCGUGUUUGGUGGCAAAGGACGGCACCACAGGACCUAUUCGGCGCCGCUGAUUGAUCGCCUCAACGCUCGCUGUCAGCAGCUGUUCGGAGAGACUGUGGAGGAGAAUUUCCGGGCCCCUGCUGAUGUCUCUUCCAACGAGCUGCUCGGGUUGGAGUACCUGUUCAGCCAGAGCACGGGGGAAUCUGGGCCCUUCUCUCUUCAGGACAUUGUCAACGAUGGACCUGGUCCAGAAGAGGAGGUGCUCCGACCUGGGCAGCCUGAUCCAGAUGACGCAGACGAGGCGUACCAGAGCGAUGUGGAGGCACACGACCGUGCGCUGGAUGCCGUCCUGCCCCACAUCACACUCACCAGCGACGAAACCGCCACUGUUCACCCUCCGGCCUUUGAGGAUGCCUGCAGUCCAAACCCUCUUCCUGGCUUUCCUAAGUUGGAAAUGUUCUGCUCUGUGCUGGUGGAGAUUGGCCUGGCAGAAGAAAAGCUGUCACUCACCACCGUUUGCACCUUUCAGGAGAUGUGGACUCUCUACAGCAAGUACCCCUUUUUCUCUUGA